UUUUGAUUCACAAUUUCACUUCUUCACCGCGAACCAAGCAACAAACUGUUAUUUACCACUCCUACAUCCGCUGCACUUGAGCGUCGUCAAACGGUGGCGUCUCUUCAACCAGCAGCAAAACUUCUCUAAACUCCCUAAAACAUUGACCGAUGAUCGCUCGAACAAACGUUAUCUUUCUCAAUCGACGAGAACCAAGAACAAGCAAAAGAUCGCGGACAACGACAAGUGUCAGUUAAGAUUUUGUUUUCAAAACCGGUUUCUGGAGGCGCAAAGUGUGUUGAAACUGGCAAGGUUCAUUAGUGUUUUCAAUCAACGGGCGCCCUCCGGUUGUGAAAAUUCAAACUAUCUUUGACAUUGCGCCAAACAACAACAUUAAACAACACACAACGGUCGCAUAUUUUGGCAAGCACUACUCGUGCAACCGGUGCAGAUAAUUCAGUGAAUAAUAAACAUUUUAGUUAAGUUUAAUUCAGUUUCGGUCAGUAUAAUAUCCAAAAAGUGAUGGCAGCUUUGGACACAUUCCCAGAACUUCCGCAGCCCGGAGAGAUAUCGAUCUGCGAGCGUAACGGGCGUAUUUGCUCGUUGCCGAUCAACGAAGUGGAUGCAUCCAGCUCGUGUAAUCAACUGUUAUCGUAUCCCGAAAUCAAUAUCGGUCGUGAGCUGUUUCAUCAUGCCGCUGUCCACUUGCGAGAGGAUCAUCGAACGCUUAUGGUACCGGUCGACGAAACACUGAUCAAACGUAUCACCCGAACAUUUUUCGAGGAAGGCGCCGUCGAAGCUCUGAAGGAAGCGGCCAACAGCGGUAGCCAUCAGUACAAUCCGAUAGUCGGUUCGAUGUCCCGAUAUCUGCUGGCACUGGUUGGAGUUGGCAAUCGAGUCAAGUUCUUCUUCAAACCCCAUCUGAAGGAACGGGGUGUUGACUGCGUUGGGAAGUACACGCAGACCAAGGAUUGGCCGAAAAGUGCCAUCCGAUGCAUUCGGUGGCAUCCGAAUUGUUUCAAAGUGGCCAUCGCUGCGUCCGACGAUAGCAUCCGGGUCUACAGCGAUGAACCGACCAUUGUUCCGGUGUUGAAAAGCGGUUUGCAAAAGUCGGUUACAUCGUUGGCGUGGCGGCCUUACACGGCCGGAGAGUUGGCCGUGGGUUGUCAAAAUGGCACUCUGGUGUGGAACGUCGACCCGAACAGUUUGAUAACGAGACCACUGUCGCAGGCCGUCCAGCUGAGACAUGGAAACCACUUCCCAGUUACUUCCGUCGAGUGGAGCCCCAAUGGGUGCUUGCUGGCCACGGCCAGUAUCAAUGACUCGGAUGUUCUCAUCUGGGACGUGGAUCAAAAUAAACAGGUGAGUCUUUGUAUUAGAGUUGGGAUCACAAGUAGACAAUUUUUGAUAAUUUGGCUACAGCGUGACAGUUUGCCAUUAGUCAGCAUAUUUUCUUUCGGUCGUUGUACACUCAUUGCACAAUUGGGUUGUUUAGUGAAUUAAAUAUUGCCAUUUUCU